UGGUGAUACCAACAAAACAAUGAUGCUGCUGCCCCACAGCAUUGUUCUAAAGGGAUCCUUGACCUUUAAGACAAGUAAUUCUUAAAAGACAAACGUCGCCAUUCUUGUUGACGUCGCAGUGCCGUGACGUCACUGGGCCCGUUGCUGUUGUCACUCAUUAGCUACCCCAACAUGUCGAGCAGCAAAGGCAAAAUGCAGAGCAGGAAAUACCUGAUAAGACAAGAGUUGGGCAAACUGGUGAUGCAAGUGCGUCUCGAUGACAACGGAGCGAGAGAGUGUAUGCUGUUGGGAACUCCGGUUUUUGUUAGCAGAUCCCCAAGGUGAGCUAUUGCGUGAUCAAACUUAUUCCAGUAUAAUGAUGUAGAUUGUUAGCAUCUGUCGUGUGCUUUACAUACAGCACAGGCCUAAAGUUUGAACACACCUUGUCAUUCGUACAUUUUUAUUUUCAUGACUAUUGACAUUAUAAACUCUCACCGAAGGUAAUUAAACUAUGAAUGCACACAUGUAAUAGUCAGGAUCAGAAUUGUGUCGUGGCAGUCCUCAUUAAAUUCGUCAUCUGGAUCGAGUGUCCUCCAUGUCUUGUACAUCCAACUCACGUUUAGCUACGUAAGGCUAGUCCACAUUAAAGUGCCCAUGACACCAAAAAGCAUGUUUAUUUCAUACUUUCCGCGGUAUUUUAUGCUCCUGAAUGAAACAGACCGCUUGGAUGUGUGUGGAAGCGAUCGUUAUAUUUAUUCAGUUUUUUGAAUCCCGCGCUACGAAAAUGACAGACUUCCGGCUGUGAUCUCGGAUUUAGGAAGAAGGCGGAUGUGACGUGUACGGUAGAAGACCUCUUCGCUAGCUACCCGUGCUGUUGUGUGAGAAGGACUGCGGAUUCGUCUAAUUUAGCAGAGUAUUUCCUUUAUUUUUCGCACCAUGCCGAAACGAUGCGUUGCAGGCUUUUGUUCCAACGUCACGGGGAGUGAUGUGAGCCUUUUUCGGUUCCCAAGAGAUCCCGUUCGCCGGGAAGCAUGGGUAAAGCAAGUACAACGAACGAGGGACAAUUGGUCACCAUCCAAAUCCUCAGCGUUGUGUUCGGAUCAUUUUACUGAAGACUGUUUCGACCCUGUUCCUCUGCGGAAAGUUGAGAUGGGACUUUCAGUGCAACAUGCCAGAACCCUACUUGACACAGCUGUGCCAACAAUUUCCCCCCGUCCUCAACAUGGAGCUAGCGGCAGUGGGCAAAGCGCUCACAAAUCUCUGAAGAGGAAGUCCGCUGCCAUUGAUAAGCGGACGAAAAAGGCUGCAGUUGAAUCGAUGAUACAAGAAUACCAGGCCCAUUCAAAGACACAGUGCGAAAGUGUUAAUCCAGACGCGGAUAAUCCUGAGUUGGAAGAAUUUGCCGCUGGGCCAGCUCCUAAAUCGGUCGACGAGUCCUGUCAGGUUUGUCUUUUGCCACCAAGUCAGACUGUUGCUGUUAGUGCUGCUUUGCAACCUCAAAGACGACAUAAAGGUGUCCAGACAACAUCCGGGCCCCUCAUGAUGACUGUGGGUACCCAAACCUGCGUUGUUCACUCAGAGCUGAAUGUUACCAUCGACAGCUGGGACUCGGAUGAAGAAAUGUUGGUGUGCGAGGCUGAUUCUGAGUAUGACCUACCCACCGCACCUUCUGACUGCGAGUCCAGCGAGUCCGAUUGUCCUGAUAUGGCUGCGGCCGACCCUGCGCCAGUUCCCAGCCGGGUAUAUCUAAUCUACUGGGUCGCCCUCAUUCAGCUCAUUAGCCAGUGGGUCAGUUGUCCUGCGUGUGCCUGCAAGAAGGUCAACUGGGUCCCUUCUGAGGUCGGUACCAUGUUGGUGCUGGCCUUGAAGUGUGCUGAGCCUGGAUGUGGUCACACCGGAACAUGGAACUCCCAACCAUAUGUCGGCAGAAUUGCUGCUGGAAACAUAUUUCUUUCUGCAGCCAUUUUAUUUGCUGGUGCAACUGUGGGCAAAGUUCUGCGUGUGUUAUCUCACAUGGGUGUAGCUGUUUACUCCACUCGGUCGUACUUUCGCCAUCAAGAACGCUACCUUCACCAAGCCAUCAAAAGCGUGUGGCGAGAGCGGCAAAUCUGGCUGUUGAGCCAUCUACAAGCUGAGGGAGAGGAAAUUGUUUGUGGUGGCGACGGACGAGCUGACUCACCCGGUCACAGUGCAAAAUACGGGACUUACACGAUGAUGGAACUGCGGAAGCUAACCAUCUUGGAUGUGCAGAUUGUGCAGAGUAACGAGGUAGGAGGUAGCUACCACAUGGAGCCCGAAGGACUGGUUCGGUCACUGCGUGUGCUCGAGGAGUUUGUGCGUGUGGGAACUCUGGUGACAGAUCGACAUGUGACUGUCAACAAGCUCGUCCGAGAACAGUUCCCACACAUUGAGCAUCUUUUUGACAUCUGGCAUAUUGGCAAAGGUUUGAAGAAAAAGUUGCAGAACCUCUCUAAGCUGCGUGGAUGUGAAGCCCUAAAACCCUGGAUUGGCAGUAUCAUCAACCAUUUAUAUUGGUCCGUGGCGUCAACGCGACCUGGGGACCCCAGACUCAUCCUCGACAAGUGGGAGUCAGUACUGAGCCAUGUUCAGAAUGAUCACUCGGGCUUCAAAGGCAGUUUCCCCAGGUGCAGCCAUGGUCCUUUGGAAGGUCGGGAACGGAAAAAGCCUUGGCUCACGCCUCACACCAAGUUGACCAAUGAGCUGGAGAAGCUGAUCUGUGGCUCCAAACUGUUGGCUGACAUUCGCCGGCUGUCUCCAGUCUACCAGACUUCCCACCUGGAAGCCUUCCACAGUCUGGUGAACCAUUUUACACCCAAAAUGUUCGCCUUUUCUUACGAGGGGAUGCUCAGCAGGACGAUUGUGGCUGCUCUUCACUUCAAUGAAAACGCCCAUCGAGCCCACAGCUUAACCCGAGACGGAGUGGGGAUUUAUAGCAUCCACUUUCCAAAAUCAAAACAAGGCGGCCAUGUUGUGCGCAAAGUUUUGGAGAACCCUACAUUUGAGUAUGUUAGCGAGCUGAUGUCGGCGGUGGAGAGGCUUGUGCAGGACGCGAGUGAUGUAGAGCCGGAUGAAUUGGAGGCGAUACCGGCUGUGCCCGAGGCCGGGAGGUUAUCCCUCAGCAGCAGCUUUCAGCGACCUGACAAAGAACAGGCGGUCCGGGAUCAUGUCACACGUUUUAAUGUGCCAUGAUUGAACCUUUAAUUUUGUAUAAUUGUGUUCCCCAGUUCUUUCGUUGUCAUCUUUUGAAAAUGUGAGCUAGUUUUUUGAAUUUAUAAGGUAUUAUUGGUUCGAGCCCUGUGUAAAUAUGUUGGUAUAUAUAAAAUAUAAUGGCACACUUAAAUUCCGGUGAAUAAAACCAUUUUGUGUAUUUUUCCAAA